UGCAUGAAGGUGAGAAUCUGAACGACAGACAGAGAGAGAGAGAGAGAGAGAGAGAGACAGAGAGAGAGGAGAGAGGGAGUGUGAGAGUGAACGAGGGAAACGGAGCGAGAGAGAGAACAAGAGAGAGAGAACAAGAGAGAGAGAGAUUUUGAAAGACUGUUCUGUCCUAUAGUUACCCAGCAAAGAUGACUUUCAACGGAACAUGGAAAGCUGACCGCGCUGAGAACUACGACAAGUUCAUGGAGCAAAUGGGCAUCAACUUCAUGAAGAGGAAGCUGGCGGAGCACGACAACCUGAAGAUCACCAUCACGCAGACGGGUAACCAGUUCCAUAUCGUGGAGUCCAGCACCUUCCGCACCAAGGAGAUCGACUUCACGCUGGGCACCGCCUUCGACUACGCACUGGCCGACGGCACUGAGGUCUCGGGCACCUGGAACCUGGAGGGGGAGAUGCUGAAGGGGGCCUUCACCAGGAAGGACAACGGCAAGGUGCUCACCACCACCAGGACAUUGGUCAGCGGGGAACUAGUGCAGAGUUACAACUACGACGGGGUGGAUGCCAAGAGGAUCUUCAAGAAGGAGUAAAGAGCAACCAGCCAAUCAGACAGCAGGAAAGACAGAAGAAGUGUUACUGCCAAACAACACUGGACACUGGACACCCCCCAAAGCACUGUCCCGACCCUCACACUGUACAUCAGCAAAUUCUGCGGUGUUCAUUCAACACUUGGAGGGUUGAUUUGACCUCAUUUGGACAUAAAUGAACCCUUUAAGAGUUGAAUGAACACCGCAGAAUUUGCUGUGCAGAAGAAGUGUUACUGCCAAACAACACUGGACACUGGACACCCCCCAAAGCACUGUCCCGACCCUCACACUGUACAGCAGGGGUGAGAAAGAUAACACUUCAGAAUAGCUA